AUGAUGGCGGAGAAAGAGGUCGAGAAUUUGCUGUUUCCACCCGAGGAGAAGGCCACACCAUCGGUAACUAUUGCCGGAGAAGAAGAGCGUGAAGGGAGCAGUGAUAGUACAGAUAAACAGCCUUCUGCUACACCCACAAACAGUCCGAUUAAGCAGGCGGGGCCUCCGCCUGGGCCGACUUUUGACGAAUUGGCUCGAGAAUUGACUCGCUACACUCGAUUGGCCAAACGAAUUCAGUACGAGUCGCGCCGAGUAAUUCGACUUGGCAUGUUUGAAGUGCACUGCGAUGAGUUGAUUCGAACUCUGGUGAAACGGGCCGAGGGACUUUGUGACCGUCUCUUGGACCGAAUACUCGAAGACCAUCGCAGCAUGAACAAGGCGUAA